AUGGGUUCUGAUCUCGUAGUAUGGGUUGUCAUUGAAACACACCUGGUUCAACUGGCAUCUCCUUUCAACCAGGUCAGGAUAUGGCUAUUAGGCAGGUGGGAUGGCAAGGGUGACGACGGACAGAAUGGCAGUAUGGGUCUGGUGACUCCUGAUGAUGAUCCGGUAGCAGCUCAAACAGGUCAUGAAGUAAUUUUAGUUGAUGUGAUAUCAUCAGUUCUUGGUCUCUUUGCAGCUUCAUAUAUGUCAGUAUCAGAAUCACUCUGUAUCUGUAAAGUUCAUCAUCAGCUAUAUACUUGCAACGAUUUAAUACUUAAACAUGGAACAGCAUUGCAACGUUCUCUUUCAGAAUUAGAACAAUUAGAAAACUUUACAGAUACAGCUGGAAAAUUUAAAGCAGUAAAUGAAAGAGCCACACUUUUUCGAAUAACUUCAAAUGCUAUGAUUAAUGCUUGCAAUGAAUAUUUACAAUUAGCUCAAACACAAGGAAGAAAAUGGCAAAAAAUGUUGCAACAUGAACAUGAACAACGUUUAAGGUUAGAGGACAUGGUAGAACAACUUGCUAAACAACAUUCACAUUUAGAAAGAGCUGCGAAGGAAGCAGCUGCUACUUCAGGUGUAAAUUCUCCAGAAGAUGAUGAAGAGUAUGAAAUGAUGCCUGCUCAACCUGAUAAAAAUGAACUGCAAACUGUUCUGAAAGUUUUAAGUACUAAAUUGGAAGACCUUAAUACUUGCAACGAUUUAAUACUUAAACAUGGAACAGCAUUGCAACGUUCUCUUUCAGAAUUAGAACAAUUAGAAAACUUUACAGAUACAGCUGGAAAAUUUAAAGCAGUAAAUGAAAGAGCCACACUUUUUCGAAUAACUUCAAAUGCUAUGAUUAAUGCUUGCAAUGAAUAUUUACAAUUAGCUCAAACACAAGGAAGAAAAUGGCAAAAAAUGUUGCAACAUGAACAUGAACAACGUUUAAGGUUAGAGGACAUGGUAGAACAACUUGCUAAACAACAUUCACAUUUAGAAAGAGCUGCGAAGGAAGCAGCUGCUACUUCAGGUGUAAAUUCUCCAGAAGAUGAUGAAGAGUAUGAAAUGAUGCCUGCUCAACCUGAUAAAAAUGAACUGCAAACUGUUCUGAAAGUUUUAAGUACUAAAUUGGAAGACCUUAAUACUUGCAACGAUUUAAUACUUAAACAUGGAACAGCAUUGCAACGUUCUCUUUCAGAAUUAGAACAAUUAGAAAACUUUACAGAUACAGCUGGAAAAUUUAAAGCAGUAAAUGAAAGAGCCACACUUUUUCGAAUAACUUCAAAUGCUAUGAUUAAUGCUUGCAAUGAAUAUUUACAAUUAGCUCAAACACAAGGAAGAAAAUGGCAAAAAAUGUUGCAACAUGAACAUGAACAACGUUUAAGGUUAGAGGACAUGGUAGAACAACUUGCUAAACAACAUUCACAUUUAGAAAGAGCUGCGAAGGAAGCAGCUGCUACUUCAGGUGUAAAUUCUCCAGAAGAUGAUGAAGAGUAUGAAAUGAUGCCUGCUCAACCUGAUAAAAAUGAACUGCAAACUGUUCUGAAAGUUUUAAGUACUAAAUUGGAAGACCUUAAUACUUGCAACGAUUUAAUACUUAAACAUGGAACAGCAUUGCAACGUUCUCUUUCAGAAUUAGAACAAUUAGAAAACUUUACAGAUACAGCUGGAAAAUUUAAAGCAGUAAAUGAAAGAGCCACACUUUUUCGAAUAACUUCAAAUGCUAUGAUUAAUGCUUGCAAUGAAUAUUUACAAUUAGCUCAAACACAAGGAAGAAAAUGGCAAAAAAUGUUGCAACAUGAACAUGAACAACGUUUAAGGUUAGAGGACAUGGUAGAACAACUUGCUAAACAACAUUCACAUUUAGAAAGAGCUGCGAAGGAAGCAGCUGCUACUUCAGGUGUAAAUUCUCCAGAAGAUGAUGAAGAGUAUGAAAUGAUGCCUGCUCAACCUGAUAAAAAUGAACUGCAAACUGUUCUGAAAGUUUUAAGUACUAAAUUGGAAGACCUUAAUACUUGCAACGAUUUAAUACUUAAACAUGGAACAGCAUUGCAACGUUCUCUUUCAGAAUUAGAACAAUUAGAAAACUUUACAGAUACAGCUGGAAAAUUUAAAGCAGUAAAUGAAAGAGCCACACUUUUUCGAAUAACUUCAAAUGCUAUGAUUAAUGCUUGCAAUGAAUAUUUACAAUUAGCUCAAACACAAGGAAGAAAAUGGCAAAAAAUGUUGCAACAUGAACAUGAACAACGUUUAAGGUUAGAGGACAUGGUAGAACAACUUGCUAAACAACAUUCACAUUUAGAAAGAGCUGCGAAGGAAGCAGCUGCUACUUCAGGUGUAAAUUCUCCAGAAGAUGAUGAAGAGUAUGAAAUGAUGCCUGCUCAACCUGAUAAAAAUGAACUGCAAACUGUUCUGAAAGUUUUAAGUACUAAAUUGGAAGACCUUAAUACUUGCAACGAUUUAAUACUUAAACAUGGAACAGCAUUGCAACGUUCUCUUUCAGAAUUAGAACAAUUAGAAAACUUUACAGAUACAGCUGGAAAAUUUAAAGCAGUAAAUGAAAGAGCCACACUUUUUCGAAUAACUUCAAAUGCUAUGAUUAAUGCUUGCAAUGAAUAUUUACAAUUAGCUCAAACACAAGGAAGAAAAUGGCAAAAAAUGUUGCAACAUGAACAUGAACAACGUUUAAGGUUAGAGGACAUGGUAGAACAACUUGCUAAACAACAUUCACAUUUAGAAAGAGCUGCGAAGGAAGCAGCUGCUACUUCAGGUGUAAAUUCUCCAGAAGAUGAUGAAGAGUAUGAAAUGAUGCCUGCUCAACCUGAUAAAAAUGAACUGCAAACUGUUCUGAAAGUUUUAAGUACUAAAUUGGAAGACCUUAAUACUUGCAACGAUUUAAUACUUAAACAUGGAACAGCAUUGCAACGUUCUCUUUCAGAAUUAGAACAAUUAGAAAACUUUACAGAUACAGCUGGAAAAUUUAAAGCAGUAAAUGAAAGAGCCACACUUUUUCGAAUAACUUCAAAUGCUAUGAUUAAUGCUUGCAAUGAAUAUUUACAAUUAGCUCAAACACAAGGAAGAAAAUGGCAAAAAAUGUUGCAACAUGAACAUGAACAACGUUUAAGGUUAGAGGACAUGGUAGAACAACUUGCUAAACAACAUUCACAUUUAGAAAGAGCUGCGAAGGAAGCAGCUGCUACUUCAGGUGUAAAUUCUCCAGAAGAUGAUGAAGAGUAUGAAAUGAUGCCUGCUCAACCUGAUAAAAAUGAACUGCAAACUGUUCUGAAAGUUUUAAGUACUAAAUUGGAAGACCUUAAUACUUGCAACGAUUUAAUACUUAAACAUGGAACAGCAUUGCAACGUUCUCUUUCAGAAUUAGAACAAUUAGAAAACUUUACAGAUACAGCUGGAAAAUUUAAAGCAGUAAAUGAAAGAGCCACACUUUUUCGAAUAACUUCAAAUGCUAUGAUUAAUGCUUGCAAUGAAUAUUUACAAUUAGCUCAAACACAAGGAAGAAAAUGGCAAAAAAUGUUGCAACAUGAACAUGAACAACGUUUAAGGUUAGAGGACAUGGUAGAACAACUUGCUAAACAACAUUCACAUUUAGAAAGAGCUGCGAAGGAAGCAGCUGCUACUUCAGGUGUAAAUUCUCCAGAAGAUGAUGAAGAGUAUGAAAUGAUGCCUGCUCAACCUGAUAAAAAUGAACUGCAAACUGUUCUGAAAGUUUUAAGUACUAAAUUGGAAGACCUUAAUACUUGCAACGAUUUAAUACUUAAACAUGGAACAGCAUUGCAACGUUCUCUUUCAGAAUUAGAACAAUUAGAAAACUUUACAGAUACAGCUGGAAAAUUUAAAGCAGUAAAUGAAAGAGCCACACUUUUUCGAAUAACUUCAAAUGCUAUGAUUAAUGCUUGCAAUGAAUAUUUACAAUUAGCUCAAACACAAGGAAGAAAAUGGCAAAAAAUGUUGCAACAUGAACAUGAACAACGUUUAAGGUUAGAGGACAUGGUAGAACAACUUGCUAAACAACAUUCACAUUUAGAAAGAGCUGCGAAGGAAGCAGCUGCUACUUCAGGUGUAAAUUCUCCAGAAGAUGAUGAAGAGUAUGAAAUGAUGCCUGCUCAACCUGAUAAAAAUGAACUGCAAACUGUUCUGAAAGUUUUAAGUACUAAAUUGGAAGACCUUAAUACUUGCAACGAUUUAAUACUUAAACAUGGAACAGCAUUGCAACGUUCUCUUUCAGAAUUAGAACAAUUAGAAAACUUUACAGAUACAGCUGGAAAAUUUAAAGCAGUAAAUGAAAGAGCCACACUUUUUCGAAUAACUUCAAAUGCUAUGAUUAAUGCUUGCAAUGAAUAUUUACAAUUAGCUCAAACACAAGGAAGAAAAUGGCAAAAAAUGUUGCAACAUGAACAUGAACAACGUUUAAGGUUAGAGGACAUGGUAGAACAACUUGCUAAACAACAUUCACAUUUAGAAAGAGCUGCGAAGGAAGCAGCUGCUACUUCAGGUGUAAAUUCUCCAGAAGAUGAUGAAGAGUAUGAAAUGAUGCCUGCUCAACCUGAUAAAAAUGAACUGCAAACUGUUCUGAAAGUUUUAAGUACUAAAUUGGAAGACCUUAAUACUUGCAACGAUUUAAUACUUAAACAUGGAACAGCAUUGCAACGUUCUCUUUCAGAAUUAGAACAAUUAGAAAACUUUACAGAUACAGCUGGAAAAUUUAAAGCAGUAAAUGAAAGAGCCACACUUUUUCGAAUAACUUCAAAUGCUAUGAUUAAUGCUUGCAAUGAAUAUUUACAAUUAGCUCAAACACAAGGAAGAAAAUGGCAAAAAAUGUUGCAACAUGAACAUGAACAACGUUUAAGGUUAGAGGACAUGGUAGAACAACUUGCUAAACAACAUUCACAUUUAGAAAGAGCUGCGAAGGAAGCAGCUGCUACUUCAGGUGUAAAUUCUCCAGAAGAUGAUGAAGAGUAUGAAAUGAUGCCUGCUCAACCUGAUAAAAAUGAACUGCAAACUGUUCUGAAAGUUUUAAGUACUAAAUUGGAAGACCUUAAUACUUGCAACGAUUUAAUACUUAAACAUGGAACAGCAUUGCAACGUUCUCUUUCAGAAUUAGAACAAUUAGAAAACUUUACAGAUACAGCUGGAAAAUUUAAAGCAGUAAAUGAAAGAGCCACACUUUUUCGAAUAACUUCAAAUGCUAUGAUUAAUGCUUGCAAUGAAUAUUUACAAUUAGCUCAAACACAAGGAAGAAAAUGGCAAAAAAUGUUGCAACAUGAACAUGAACAACGUUUAAGGUUAGAGGACAUGGUAGAACAACUUGCUAAACAACAUUCACAUUUAGAAAGAGCUGCGAAGGAAGCAGCUGCUACUUCAGGUGUAAAUUCUCCAGAAGAUGAUGAAGAGUAUGAAAUGAUGCCUGCUCAACCUGAUAAAAAUGAACUGCAAACUGUUCUGAAAGUUUUAAGUACUAAAUUGGAAGACCUUAAUACUUGCAACGAUUUAAUACUUAAACAUGGAACAGCAUUGCAACGUUCUCUUUCAGAAUUAGAACAAUUAGAAAACUUUACAGAUACAGCUGGAAAAUUUAAAGCAGUAAAUGAAAGAGCCACACUUUUUCGAAUAACUUCAAAUGCUAUGAUUAAUGCUUGCAAUGAAUAUUUACAAUUAGCUCAAACACAAGGAAGAAAAUGGCAAAAAAUGUUGCAACAUGAACAUGAACAACGUUUAAGGUUAGAGGACAUGGUAGAACAACUUGCUAAACAACAUUCACAUUUAGAAAGAGCUGCGAAGGAAGCAGCUGCUACUUCAGGUGUAAAUUCUCCAGAAGAUGAUGAAGAGUAUGAAAUGAUGCCUGCUCAACCUGAUAAAAAUGAACUGCAAACUGUUCUGAAAGUUUUAAGUACUAAAUUGGAAGACCUUAAUACUUGCAACGAUUUAAUACUUAAACAUGGAACAGCAUUGCAACGUUCUCUUUCAGAAUUAGAACAAUUAGAAAACUUUACAGAUACAGCUGGAAAAUUUAAAGCAGUAAAUGAAAGAGCCACACUUUUUCGAAUAACUUCAAAUGCUAUGAUUAAUGCUUGCAAUGAAUAUUUACAAUUAGCUCAAACACAAGGAAGAAAAUGGCAAAAAAUGUUGCAACAUGAACAUGAACAACGUUUAAGGUUAGAGGACAUGGUAGAACAACUUGCUAAACAACAUUCACAUUUAGAAAGAGCUGCGAAGGAAGCAGCUGCUACUUCAGGUGUAAAUUCUCCAGAAGAUGAUGAAGAGUAUGAAAUGAUGCCUGCUCAACCUGAUAAAAAUGAACUGCAAACUGUUCUGAAAGUUUUAANGUGCCAGUAA